AUGAAUUUCACUUGGAUCUGCUAUAAACCAGGUGAGAGUCCUGAGAUUGAUGACCCCAGUUCUCUUCCUGUGGUGUAUCCUGACGGUACUUCGUCAGCCUCCACUGGAUCUGGAGGCUGCUUUAAUAAAGGACCCGGAAGAUUGCCAUUCAACGAUACUUCUUUUACAAUAACAUUCGACAACAGUUUGAUGGUGCGAGGACACACAUAUUACAUAAUCCUCAGAGUGGAGAAACGUCAACGGUUUGAUUAUUACACGCAGAAAGUAGCCGUGGCAGAGGCCCCUCCUCCAUUUAAUAUCAGCUGUACGUCCGCGAAUUGCGAGCGAAAUGCAGUCAUUAACUUGCGACUUGAAUUGAAUGCAGUUUGCGUGGGACUGUCAAGCAAGUGCAGUCAAAGUCUGACACACAAAUGGUUUAUGUAUGAAAAAGAAAAGGAUGGCGGAGGAGGAUGGAAGGAAACAGCCGGAUUCUAUCAGGCAUUGAUAACCUCAUCCACUGGUAGAGCGAUUGUUCUGAAGGAAAACUUUCUCCAAAAGGAGAUGUUCUACCAGAUAAGAUUUCGAACUGUGACUUAUUACAGGGGGGAAGGAUAUUCCUUCUACGACUUCCAUACAAACAGCCCUCCCAAACUGGGGACGUGUAAAAUCGAUAAGAGUGAAGGAAAGGCAGCCCUGGAUACGUUCCAUUUACAGUGCAAUGAUUGGUACGAUACGGACCUACCGCUGACCUACCAAGUGAACAUUCCGAAAGAGGACGGCACAUACAUAUUUUUAGCAUCGGAAACAAAUAAUUCCAUACCAUUACGUCUACCAGUGGGAAAUAAAAGUGAUGGUAAUCGAUUGCAACUUGAAGUGGCAGUCAUUGACUCCUUCUUGGCGUUCACUAAAAUCAAUUUAACUGUUGUCGUAUAUACGCCAUCAGGAGAGGAAUUCGAGUCUCAGGCAUCAGGCUUAACAGGCGAAGACAGUGAGCUUGAAGAUAUCGUAAACAAGGGACUAGAACAAAAUGCCGUACAGCUGAGUAUUGGUAUUCUCAGCGCUUUCAACUCUCUGGCACAAAGCAAUGCUACAACCACCGACAGUUCCACGGUUCGUGAGAACGUCAUCAAUAGUAUAACGAAGUUAACAAUAAAUGACACUUCAAAUGCGAAUCAGAUAGCGAGUGUGUUGGUCGAGGCUACAAAGGAGGAAGGGGGCAUUUCUCCCUCAUCAGGGCUCCAAGCCCUAGGAGCUUGUGAGAACAUGGUGUCCGUCUUGUCGGUGGAAAAAAACAACACGGAGUCUAGAGAUGCAGUCGAAAAUGCUGGCAAACAAAUCAUAUUGGUGGCAGGGAGCUUGUUAGGAGGAGCAGUUUUGUCCAGCGGGAGUGUGAAUGCUUCACAGUUUGGAGACGUGGCCAAGAAAGCCUGGAGCUUGACUGAUACUCUAGCCAAGGUCUUUCUUGACCGUUUGCUUCCCGGUGAAACUCCUACUUUCUUUCAAAGUCCACGUGUCACCAUGCAGUUGUACCGUCAGCAUGCUGAUGAAGCCCUACCACAGAGUUUGGAAGUCGGAGGGGGUUCAUUUUCUCUUCCAUCAAACCUCUCGUUGGGCAAUGGGUCACAUUCUAAAAUUAUUGAUCGCAAUGUGCAAUUCUCUGAUUUGGAUCCUUUCAUAUGGCAAAAAAAUGAUACCCUUAAAGCAGGAACACGCGUGGUCAGUCUUUCUUUCCUGGAUGAACAUGGAAAUCUGAUACCAGUUGAGAACUCUGGAUCGGACAUUGAGAUAAAUAUCCCCACGAAAAGUCAAAUUCAAAGUCAAAACAUAUCGGUCAACUUUGUCAAUCCCGUAAAUGGUACCAUGGCUUAUCAUACCUUUCGAGUAGAACAUAAAGACACGGCGUUUUCACUUCGAAUAGUGCCAUUCAACGAGUCACACUUGGAGGUAUUUUUGAGGCACCGAAAAAGACCAAACAAAACUCAUUUUGACGAUAAAAUUAUCUUGCCAGAUCUUACCUCAUGUUUACCACCAGAGGAUGAAAAUUGCACCCUUUUAUCUAGGUUUAUGCGAUGCUUAGGUAAGGUAAAUGUAUCAUCUACCUAUCAUGAUGCAAACUUUACCAAACCUGGCCAACCCAAAACCUGCGGUCCUAAAAAUGAUUCCGUUCCCACGCCCGCGCCGUCUGAAAACGGCGAAGACGCGUUCAAAUGUCCUGAUGUGUGCAAAUAUGAAAACCUGACUUACUCCAACUGCUCGUGCGAUGAGAUUCCUAAUCUCUACUUCCUGUUUAACAAGACUCUCGAGGAAAAUCCUGCGACGUGUAGAAAUUUCACAAGCUUUACAAUGUGCCCGAAUGAUACACUAUGUAAGAACUUGGUUAACGUUUUAACUUGCUAUGCACUGGAUUUACAACGUUACCGACAGUGCCAGGAGAUCCUUUUCGCGCCUCGUAAACUGUUUUAUGAUACUUACGGAAGGUGUCUUGAAGAUCCGUUGAAAGUUUUCUUCAAUACUUCAUUCGCAAAAUUAGGCAAGUGGUAUGUUGGUGUAAAACCGUAUAUACCUCCCUUCGUCAACCAUACAAAAAAUGCAGAGGAUGACAUGGAUAAUAAUUUUGACAAUUCUGGUAAUCACACAGAUCAACACUGGUGGCACGUGGUACUAAAUAUGACAAAAAGGAAAGAGGUGGAAAAGUUUCUCGAAGAAUCCGUUGUCGAGGAGAUGAACAACCACUAUAACAGAACAUUAAAACUAAAAAAGUGCAGGUGGUAUAAUGGCAAAAAAUGCGAACGUAUUGUAUCGUUUAGACUAUGGCUUUGGGAGGAGGAGAUGGGAAUUCAUAAUGAUUAUGAUAACGAUGACAAUGACGAUGAAAAGGACGACGACGACGACGAUCGCCGCCGCAAAGGAAGGUCACUUUCGCUGACAGAAAGAGACCCAGAAUCAGAUGUUAAGGCUAGAAGACUUUGCAUUGAAGUCGACGAAAAGCCUCCCCCACCUAAAGUUGGCGCAAAAAUGGAGCUCAUUGAAAUACCCAUUCUUGAUGCAAAUGUUUCGACCUUGUAUACAUUUGAUGUUAGGUUUUACACGUGCCUUUUUUGGGAUGAAUUGAAAGAGGAAUGGAGCACAAAGGGGUGCAAGCCUGGUCCAAAUUCGACUGACGAAGUCCUACAAUGUUUCUGCAACCACCUGACCUCAUUUGGAGGAGAGCUUUUUCCUCCGCCCAGCGCCAUUGAAUUUGACACGGCAUUUCUCGGAUUUGCCAGCCUCGGCGAUACUGGAAAUAUCGGAGUAAUCGUCGCCGUUGGUGUAUUUUUCUUCUUGUACUUUAUCGUUGCGGUGUUUGAAAGAAAAGCUGACAAAAGAGAUAAAGAAAGGCUGUCUGUGUCCAUUCCUGUGCGGAUAACAAAGCCUGGAAGUCAUGCCUAUGAGAUUGCUGUUUACACAGGAAUGUUUGGCUCAUCUGGUACAACUGCGAAUGUUUCCAUGAUGAUCAACGCCGAAAAGGGAGAGACUGAAAUACUUCCCCUGAGUUGUGGUAAAAAUCCUUUUUCUCGAGGCAGUGUAUGCUCCUUUGUGGUGAGACUCCCUCACGUUCUUGGUCGACUAAACUAUGUGAGGUUAUGGCACGACAACUCAGGCCCGAGUCCAUCAUGGAAUUUACAUCAGGUUGUAGUCCGUCACGUGGCUACAGGUCAGAAAUGGUUCUUUAUGUGUAACCGCUGGUUGGCUGUUGAAAAGGAUGAUGGACAAAUUGAAAGAGUACUUUUUGUGGCUGAUCGAAAACAAUUGUCAGGAUUCCACAAUCUGUUCUACACAAGAGCCUCCAAAGACAUAGGAGAUGGUCACCUUUGGUUUUCAGUCUACACCAGACCGCCAAACAGCUCUUUUACUCGAUUUCAGCGCUUAACUUGCUGUAUAUCACUUCUAUUCUCCUCCAUGCUUGUUAAUGCAAUGUUCUACGAGUAUGGUUUAAAACAACAAGGUCUCCAAGUUACGUUUGGUCCAAUUAAUUUUAAUUGGAUAGAGUUAAUGACUGGAAUUCAAAGUGGUUUGGUCGUCUUGCCGGUUAACCUAUUGAUCAUAAGCAUUUUUCGUUAUACGGGACCCAAAUCAUCGGCUAAGACAAAGAAAUUUUGGUUGCCUCAUGGUUUUAUUUACAUAGCGUAUACACUAUCCUUACUAACGAGCUUGACGGGUGCAGCCUUCACAAUGUUUUACAGCAUGAUAUGGGGAACUGAAAAGUCCAACAAAUGGAUCACAUCGGUUGUUGUCUCUUUGGUGCAGGACAUCUUUUUUAUUCAGCCCCUUAAAGUGAUCAUUGUUGCUUCUUUGCUUUCCAUUUUGUUACGCAAGCCCCCGGAGGAAGACAGAGAAGAGGUACAAGGUGACGAGGUUGCUGAGAUUUCAAGCAUAGAACUUGAGGACUCAAACCCAGUGGAAGAUAAGCUGCACUUCUCUGAGACACUUUCGGAACUCUAUACUCCUCCUGAUCCACUGAAGGUGGCCAUUGCCAGGAGAAAGAAAGUCAAGGAAGUUAAAAUGUGGAGAUUUUUCUUCAAGUUUGCAUUGCAUUUGGUGUUUGCCCUACUGUUGUCUGUAGUUUGUUACGGACGUCUAAGCAGCGAUAGAUUCAGAUUGAACAAAAACAUGAAGGACACCUUCAACGCAAAAAUUAAUAAGGUCAAGAAUGUACACACAUUUUGGUGGUGGUGCAUGAAUUCUAUGCUUCCUGGUUUGUAUAGUGCCCCAUGGUAUAAUGGACGACCAUUUGAAGAGGAUGAUUUCUUCUCCAAUAAAAGGGCGUUUAUUGUCGGCCUUCCUCGACUGCGACAGCUACGUAUAAAACCAGAGCCAUGCCUUACAUGGUCUGCUUAUCCAGAGUUUAAACGCUGGUUUCCCCGAUGCUAUCAUGAGUACCGAAGCAGUAUCAUUGACUAUAGCCAUUCAGCACUGGAGUUGAUUGAUGUCUCGCCAUUUUAUGCCGACAUCGGAACUGGCAGCAGCAGCAGCCGUUACAAUUAUUUUAACAACAGUAGUAACGGUAGCAGUUACACCAACAGAAGCAUUCAAGAAAUAUUUUCCAUUGUGCCAGUCUCGUGUGACCACACCGUCAAAUUCCAGGAUGCGACAUCCUUGGGCACUUUACCUUUUGUGACAUCAAUUGGCACUUAUGCCGGUGGUGGACUUGUAGCAGAACUAGGAUAUGAAAAAGAGACAGCCUGGGAGGUCAUUACCAACCUUAUUGCUGACAACUGGAUCAACAGACGGACAGUGAUUGUAUUGUUUGAGUUCGUCACAUUCGAGCCAGCGACAAAUCUGUUUGCUUUUACUCGAUAUUCUUUCGAGUGGUUACCUACAGGCGGCAUGGAAUUAUCUUAUCGUACUGACCCUAUUUCCUUCUCCCGCAGCAUCAAUUCACACACCGGUUCAAUUUUUUUAGCAUGUUACGUAAUCAUUGUUUUCAUACUUAUAUCCUCAAUCUACAUAGAGAUACGCGAAAUGCGUCAACUAGGUUGGGCGUACUUGAAAAACAUAUGGAGCUUUAACGAGUGGGGAUUGAUAUCCCUCACAAUUACAACUAUGGUGAUUUUCUUCUUCAAAGCCGAACAAACCCGAAAACUUGUUGUGAAAGUUCAUGAAAAUCCUUAUGGCCGGAUGAGUUUUGAUUAUGUUGCGUUAUGGACAGACAUAGAAAACGUGAUUAUUGCCAUGGUUACUUUUCUGUCCACACUGAAGUUCCUUCGCAUCUUGAAGUUUAAUAAGCAUAUCUCCCAAUUGGCUAAGAGCAUAACUGUAUCCAAAGGUCCCAUGCUAUCGUAUUCAUUUGUCUUCCUCGUGGCUCUUCUGGCUUUUGCCGUCAUGGGUAACAUGCUAUUUGGACGUUCAGCGUACAUGUUUUCUACAUUCACGAGGUCUUUGGUAAACGUCUGUGAAAUGAUACUGGGAAAAGGAACAAAUUAUGAUGACUUGGAAGCAAUAAACCAUUUUCUCGGACCUUUCUUCAUCUUUUUUUAUUUUUUCGGUAUGACUGUUUUCCUGAUGAACUUCUUUGUAGCCAUACUGAACGACUCCUUCACGGAUGCAAGAGAAAUCUUGGAAGAAAACCGAACUGAAGACAGCGAAAUGUCCGAUUUUAUUGGGGAAUACGCCAAGGCCAUGCUCAGGGAAAUAUCAAAGGAGCUCGCAAGGAGUGGAGCAAAAGUAAAAAGAUAUGAAACCUCUGAAGAUAACUUCGCACCAUUCAGUAAAGAAGCGAAAGAACGGGACUUUUUCUUGUACUGAUGGUUUUUGUUGGGCUGCGGUAGGUCGCAUAUGGGUCAUAAUUGUGAGAGAUCUGUUAGUGGUGCUUACAGCUAACGUUUAACUUUGUAGCUUUUUGCGCCUAAAGGUUUAGUAUUUGGGCCUUUUCACGGUAAAGAAUUAUCACUUUCAAUUUACGGUUAGAUUUGUCAGUUUUUUUUUUGUCUUUGCACGCCUAACGGUAAUUGCAGCCUUUUUACUGCUAACGGUUAAUUAAAACGCCAUUUCAGAGGAGAAGGGUUCACACGCUUUGACGAUGAAGCCAUGUUCAGCGGUGAAAAUUGAAAUUUCAAAUGAGCGUUGUGUAAUGUACAUUCAAAUGUCGCUAAUCAAACUAGUUUCAGGAUUCGUUUAACAUUUCAUUGGUUCAUUUAUUUCACAAAACUUACAUAAAAUUAACAUAGAUAGAAAAGUAA